UCACGACAAUUGAAGUUUGUUUGGAAAUAACAAUGUCUUGUCACGGUUGUGCUCGAACGUUUGGAUUUCUAACAAAAGAGUAUGGCUGUGAAAAAUGCGGGUUUGCGUAUUGUUCCAAGUGCCUUGUUAAGAAAAUGUGCAAGAGCUGCUCUGCCAUGAAGUCGGUUGUUGCACCAACUCCGCCCUUAGUUUCGCAAGAGAGAUUGGAAAAAUGGGAGAAUCCUAUCCAAAAUCCAAUAAUCCCAAUUCCCCCAGUUGUGCUAGAAGAGCGGUUGGAGAAGCUAGAGAAUCCAAAUAGAAAUCCCAUAGUUGUGUACACCGAAGAUAGCCGCAUGAACAACCUCAAGAGAGGACUUUCUGUAGAAGACCAACAGCUUGUUGAUCGUCUCUCUAAACUGAAACAUGAAAUUCGAGAAAUGAAACAUGAUAUUCCCAGCCAGACAGAGAUUGAAGAGCGUUUGGCCAAAUUGAAAGGCAUAGAUCCCCAAGUAUACCGAAAGCCACCAGCAAUUUUUGUCAAACCCAAAACAAAUGAUGUUGAUGAUGCAACAUCACUGAUUAACCAGAUCAAAGAAGAAGUGGCCAUUGACAGGCAGUGUGAUGUUCCAACUGACAUACCAGUCUUUCAAUCAGAUGAGCAAUCAACUGAAGAUGAUGUUGAGAGACUGCUGCAAAAUGAGGCAAAGGCAAUUGACAUUGAGGCUCGGCUUGCUCUAGAAGGCUUAAAGAAAGAUAAAGAAAUCCAAGAAAGAUUGAAGAAACUCCGGCUUGACAAAGACACCGAAAGAGAAGAAGUUAAAGACGAUAAAUCCAGCAACGAAGCUGAAGAUUCCGAAGACGAAGAUAAGGAAGCGGCUAUGGUUAUUGAACGGGUCUUGGACGAAGAGCGGCUAGAAUUAGAAGACGAAGGAAUAUCAGCAGAUGAUGACAGAGCAACUAGAGAAAACGAGCUACCUUGGUGCGAUCUCUGCAACGAAGAUGCUCAUUUGAGAUGCUUGGGCUGCGAUGGAGAUUUGUAUUGUCGUCGUUGCUGGAAAGAAACUCACCGAGAUCUCGAGCUGAAGCGACAUCGAACCGAAAACUAUGUCGUCCCUAAAUAAUCGUCUUUACUGCUCUCAAAUGUAUGUCCCUUUUACCCUUAAGUAGCUUAUCGAUUGGCCAUUGCACCCAGGGCCCUUCGUCAUCUUGAAAACGUGAUCUGUCUGAAAUUGUGAUAAUCUGUGUCUAAUGAAUAUUAAUGGCUCUCCAUCAAAAUUA